AUGGAGCUGCACUGUCUUCCUACUGAGACCCCCACCACAGCCAGCUCCUGCUCCACGGACCCUCUGUACGACAACUGCCCACCUUUUGCCCAGCGAGGGAGGGCCAGGGAAAAGGAAAUGGAGAGUAGGGUUGUGUGCCCGGCUGUAACCAAACUCCCGGGCCCCUGCAGCCCUCAGCCCGGUCUGGCCCCAGCUGUGGCUGAGGUUCCCACACUGGUCGGUGGGGGAAGAGGGACUGGCGCAUGGCCAGAUCACAGCUACUGCAGCUGGAGAGGAGGCCUGGGAAGACAGGGCUGGGAAGCAGAACUUGGUCCAGGCAUAAACAGAGCAAAAGGAGGAGGAGAGAGAGGAGGAGAGCAGGGAGGUAGCUGGGGAGUUGAGGACAGCGCUCAUCUGAACCAAAGCCCCAAUCCAUCACAGAGCGAGGAGCACAGGAGUGCUCUCUCUCUGUAUGAUAACCUCCCCGACGCUGUCACCCCUGACAGCCUCCAGGAGGUCUUUGACAUGGAGACAAGCUUCCCGGAGCAGAUGUACCAAGCAUGGGUCCCUGAGCAGAUCCGGGGGCUGGUGGACGGCGAGGGAGUAAGUGAAGACAAGAGCACCUGGUCCUCCUGUGAGAUCAUCCUCGCUGAAAGUGGUCCCAGUAACCAGGACCAGAAUCCAGACCAAGACAAGAAGCAUGAACAGGGGCCAGAGCUGGACUCAGGAUCCUGUGGAUUUAAGCAGGGGGGUCCGAUGCUGCAUCUCCCGAUAUCCCCUCCUCAACAUCUUACAGCGGAGUGCCAGGCUCUGUGGCCCCCGGCUGAAGCCCAGCACCCAGAGCAGCCAUCUUGGUCUCCCAGGGUGCCCCCUCCUGUCCCCCUGGCAGACCCCUCCGCCAGCGCCCUCCGCAGCCUCCUCACCAGCCUCCAGCAGCAAAUAGUCAGACAGAGGGAGGAGUAUGAGACAAGAAUACUCAGCCUCGAGCAAAGAAAUGAAGAGCUGCAGGUAGAGGUUGUCAGGUUGAAAACAAACCUCGCACAGCAGCGGCACUGGUACCACGCCAUCCAGGCUAAGAUCACAGAGUCUGAAAGGAGCCGGGCCGCCGCAGAAAUACACAAUGCAACUCUGCAGAAGGAGAUGGAGCAGUUUUUUGACACCUUUGGAGAGCUCAACAACGAGGCCAAGAAGACAGAAUAUAUCGUGAAGAGCUUCUAAGAAAGAGAAUGUAUGAAUUGUGUGUGAUGACAUGAACAGUGUGGGCAAAGACAAGGACAAAAGGCACAAUACUGGCUAGUCUUUAAACUCUACUUAGAAUAGCUUGUCACUAUCUACGCAGAAUAUUGCAAAACAUCACUGAAAGACGAAAAAUGAAUCACUGAUGUCCACUUUAUUAGUUACGUAAGGGCAAAGAUGUUGGCCAGGUGAUUAUAUGGUGGUCAUUGCAAUCACAGGACAUCUCUGAAAAUAAAAGGAGAAAUAAACUGAACACAAAUGUGAGAUGCACAGUGUAUACAAUGGAGCUUUUUUUUCUUUAAACAUGGUAAAAAUGGUAAAGGAGGUUUUGA